AUUUUGAUUGGUCCAGAGUUUCAGACAAAGACAGAUAUCCAUUUUUCAUGAACUAUGAUAUAGCUUGGCCAACUGGUGUUGGAGAUGGAGAAAUUUUAAGAAAAAAACCCAAUAAAGAUAAAAAUGUUUAUGAAUUUGAGGAAGAAGAACCAAACCCUUUCUCUCUUUCUGAUUUGGAACAAUUAGAACAUUGA